GGAUCGGCAUCCCGUGCUGCAGGCCUGCUGCGACAGCAGUGGCUGAAAGCCCUGCCAGUUACGCCUCUCCCCGCCUCCGCCCCCUCCUCCGUCCGAUAGAGUAUAUCUGGCCGUGGCUACAAUCUCAGCCGCGCCGCCGGGUUUCGGUUUUCUGGGGAAGCUGCGGUGGGAGGCCAAGAGCGAACGGCAGUGACUCGCCUUCUUUCAACUUGGAGUUCCUGUAGUUGUUGAGUUAAAAGACAAGAAUGGCUUUGAAGAUCGCUGUACUGCUGAGCUGUAUCCUGGGAAUCAAUACCCUUCCCCUAGAGGACCCAGAGGAUGGAGGCAAGCACUGGGUUGUCAUUGUAGCAGGUUCGAAUAGCUGGGAUAACUACCGACACCAGGCUGAUGCAUGCCACGCUUACCAGAUUGUGCACCGGAAUGGCAUCCCAGAUGAACAAAUCAUUGUUAUGAUGUAUGAUGACAUUGCCUAUAAUGAGGAGAAUCCAACCAAAGGCAUCAUUAUCAAUAGGCCCAAUGGCACAGAUGUGUACAAAGGAACCCUCAAGGACUACACAGGAGAGGAUGUCACACCACAGAAUUUCCUUGCUGUUCUUAAAGGUGAUGCUGAAGCAGUGAAGAACGUCGGAUCAGGAAAAGUAAUACAAAGUGGCCCCAAAGAUCACAUAUUUAUCUAUUUUACUGAUCAUGGAGCUCCUGGACUUUUGGCUUUCCCCUCUGAUGAUCUCCACGCGAAAGACUUGAAUAAAACCAUCAGUUACAUGUACCAUCACAAAAAAUACCAGAAGAUGGUGUUUUAUAUUGAGGCAUGUGAAUCCGGAUCAAUGAUGGUUCAUCUACCUGAUGAUAUCAAUGUUUAUGCCACAACUGCUGCCAACCCUAAGGAAUCUUCUUACGCAUGUUACUAUGAUGAGAAGAGGGACACAUACCUCGGUGACUGGUACAGUGUCAAUUGGAUGGAAGAUUCUGACGUGGAGGAUCUGAAGAAAGAAACUCUCCACAAGCAGUUUAUGCUGGUAAAGCAACGCACAAACUCCAGCCAUGUCAUGCAAUAUGGAAACAAAACCAUUUCUCAUAUGAAAGUGGUGCAGUUCCAGGGCACAGCCAAAGCUGACAGCACCCCCAUUUCCUUGCCACCAGUCAGUGAGUUGGACCUCACACCCAGUCCCGAUGUGCCCCUGGCAAUCCUGAAGCGCAAACUGAUGGCCACCAACGAUAUCUUUGAGGCCAAGGCAAUUGUAGAAAAGAUGAAGAGACUUCUAGAGGCCAAAGAGCUAAUCGAGGCAUCUAUGCGCAAGAUCAUAUUCACUUUAACUGCCUCUGAAGAGCUCACCAAGCAAAUCUUGUCAGACAAGAUGGACCUCGGGAGUUAUGACUGCUAUGAGUCGGCAGUGAAUCACUUCAAAAGCCAUUGCUUCAAUUGGCACACUCCUCUGUAUGAAUAUGCCAUGAGGCAGUUGUAUGCCUUGGUUAAUGUCUGUGAAAUGGGAUACCCCGUUGACAGAAUACAACUGGCUAUGGAUGAAGUGUGCCUUGGAUAUUAACAAAAACAUGCAGCCAAUUAAUCCUGCAAAAAAGCAAUUUAAUGGGAAUAAAUCAAGCCUGGAAUGCAUAUAAAGCCAAGAGAGCCCGGUUAAGAGCAUCCACUAUCAAACUCCUGGUGGAAGGUCUCUUGGACAGCUUGGACCAGGUUCUGCACUUUAGUGAAUGAAACGGCAUCAUGAUACCUCUCCCAAGUUUUUGCUGCAUUCCAAAAGCUGCUUCUUAAUUUCUCCUGAAAUUAACUAUUUUGUCAGAAUCUUCACAGUUGCAGUGUGUUCUGUCUGCAAUCUUCUCCCCCCCCCACCCCCGCCAUUUCCCAGUGGUGAUAAAUAUUUUACAGAAAGAAGGCUGUGUUUCCAAAGUGCUCAGUUGAAACUGAACUGCUUUUGGUUUUAAUCUCUCACUCAGGUUUUUGGUGGUAGCCUUCUGAGAAAUACCCAGGGAACUCACAAAUGGCCUGUAGUGAAUACUGUUUCUGUCUUGGGUGGUUGUGUUUUGUUUUUGUUUUUUUAAUAAUUGGAAAGUACAGUAAUGUUUUGGAGAAGGAUACAUGACUAAAAGUUUUACACUGGUUUUGGAAUAAAAUGCCAUAGUUCUUUGUGUUUUUUAAACUUUGCAAAUGAGUUAAUUUUUGCGCUUUAAAUUGAUCGGGUUUUGUUAGAAAAUAAUCAAAAGGGCAAAGUCCACUGUGACAGCGAGGUUAUUUCGCCCACCCACUUUGAAAGAUUGUCUACUGCUAUGAUAUUUCUGAUUCUUAUGUAAUUUGUCUGUUUGCACAACUCGGUGGGAGAUUAUACAGUAUUUGGAGUAACCUGUGAUUAAAAAUAAAGUUGAUGAGUUUAUGGUUCAUUUUAA